CCCGCCGCCCCCGGGGGGGGUCAGGACCCGGGCCCCUUCCUGGGGGAGUUUCCCUGCCCAGUCCGCCCUCCCCGGGGCCCUCUCCCCGCCCCCUCUCCGGGCCGCUCCUUGUAUGGUCUUGGGCGCCGCGAUCGCUCUCCCCGCCCCCCUCCCUCCCUCCCUUCCCGGUCCAGGUCCCCGUCCCCUCCCCGUCCCCGCCCCUCCCCGUCCCGCCCCUUCCCUGCCUGGCUAGAGGCUGCUCCGGACCGGGACGCGGGAGUCCGCGGAGGACUCGGCGCCGAGCGGUCACCCGGGACGCGGCGGCGCUCACGCUCCUGCCCGCGCAGCAGCAGCAGCAGCAGCAGCAGCAGCAGCCGCCCGGCCUGGCCAUGGCGGCCCCCCCGCCCGCCUCCGGCCGUCUCGGUCUCCGUCUCGGUGUCGGCUCCGGCCUUUUACGCCCCGCAGAAGAAGUUCGCCCCGGUGGUGGCACCGAAGCCCAAAGUGAAUCCUUUCCGGCCUGGGGACAGCGAGCCUUCUUCUUCGGUGGCAGCCGGGGCCCAGCGUGCGCAGAUGGGCCGGGUGGGAGAGAUCCCCCCGCCGCCCCCCGAAGACUUUCCUUUGCCCCCUCCUCCCCUUAUUGGGGACGGCGACGACUCGGAGGGUGCCCUGGGAGGUGGUGCGUUCCCACCUCCGCCUCCCCCGAUGAUCGACGAACCAUUCCCCCCUGCGCCUCUGGAGGAGGACAUCUUCCCCUCCCCUCCACCUCCCCUGGAAGAGGAGGGAGGGCCCGAGCCCCCCACCCAGCUCCCAUCUCAGCCCAGGGAGAAAGUGAGCAGUAUUGACCUGGAGAUCGACUCUCUGUCCUCACUGCUGGAUGACAUGACCAAGAAUGAUCCCUUCAAGGCCCGGGUAUCAUCUGGAUACGUAGCCCCACCGGUUGCCACCCCAUUUAUCCCCAAGCCUAGUACCAAGCCCGUCCCUGGGGGCACAGCACCUUUGCCUCCUUGGAAGACCCCUUCCAACUCCCAGCCACCACCUCAGCCGCAGGCCAAGCCUCAGGUCCAGUUCCAUGUCCAACCUCAGGCCAAGCCCCCCGUCCAGUUCCAGCCCACGCCUCCCACUAAUGCACAGCCCCGAGGUCUCCUUUCUCAGGCUCCAACUCCAGCGCCUAAGUUUGCUCCAGGGGCUCCCAGAUUUACUCCCCCGGCUUCCAAGUUCAGCCCCAGCACUCCGAGUGCACCCGGGUCCCAGCCCAAUCAAAAAUUAGUGCCUCCAGAGGCUCCCUCUUCUGCGGCCACAGGGUCCCCUCAGCCCCCAAGCUUCACCUAUGCUCAGCACAAAGAGAAGCCCUUAGUUCAAGAGAAGCAGCACCCAGCGCCUCCAGCUCAGAACCAAAACCAAAACCAGGUGCGCUCUCCUGGAGGACCGGGACCCUUGACCCUCAAGGAGGUGGAGGAGUUGGAACAGCUGACCCAGCAGCUGAUGCACGACAUGGAUAACCCUCAGAGGGAGACACGGCAGCAGAGUGCGUCGGUGAACGAGUCCUGUGGCCGGUGCCACCAGCCGCUGCCCCGCGCCCAGCCUGCCGUCCGUGCACUGGGACAGCUGUUCCAUAUCACCUGCUUCACCUGCCAUCAGUGUCAGGCGCAGCUGCAGGGCGGGCAGUUCUACAGCCUGGAAGGGGUGCCGUAUUGCGAGGGCUGCUACACCGAGACCCUGGAGAAGUGCAACACCUGUGGGCAGCCCAUCACGGACCGCAUGCUGAGGGCCACCGGCAAAGCCUACCACCCGCGUUGCUUCACCUGCGUGGUCUGUGCCUGCCCCCUGGAGGGCACCUCCUUCAUUGUGGACCAGGACAACCAACCCCACUGUGUCCCUGACUAUCACAAGCAAUAUGCUCCAAGGUGCUCCGUGUGCUCGGAGCCCAUCAUGCCUGAGCCUGGCAAAGAUGAGACCGUACGAGUAGUCGCUCUGGACAAGAACUUCCAUAUGAAGUGUUACAAGUGUGAGGACUGUGGGAAGGCCCUGUCCAUUGAGGCAGAUGACAACGGCUGUUUCCCUCUGGACGGCCACGUCCUUUGUCGGAAGUGCCACACUGCUAGAGCCCAGAGUUGAGGAUGGGCCUCCUCCCAGACUACAGGUCCCUUCCCCACCGUGGACCACCCACACCGAGACCAAUCCUUGCCUCUACCGUCCCUGCAUUCCAAACCCCUCCCCAGUAUCUCAAGUGCCCUGACCCAGGGCCUCAGCACGACCCAGAAGUGCUGAGGCUCCGUCCUGGUGAUGAGGCCCAGCCCCUGGCUCCGCCCCUUGCCUCUCUCUCUUACAGGGAUUGCCUAUGGUCCCGAGGUCCCCAACCCGAGGGUCACACUUAGUGCUGCUGCUUUCACUGCUGCACCAAUGCCCUUGGCUGGCCUGAGCCCAUGCAGUGUGCUUGCUGAGUGCGGGUGGGAGAGCCCUGAACCCUCCAGGAGCCUGGCUCCAGCAGCCUGGACACCCACCUUGCCCUGUGCUGCUAAAAUUAUAAAACCUCGUUUUCCAGA